CGGCCGCCAUUAAAGAAAGGAAUCUGUGAAUUCAAAUGGGAAACCUAUCCUGACCCUAAUCCCAUUAUUUAUUGAUACUCAUAUUUUCAUUUUCCCCCCACUACAAACCGGUGCGGAAAAUUGGGAUAAGAACACGCACCACACGGAAUUGUGUCUACUCAGGAGAAGGAGGGGAGAAAAUGGCGAACCUUUGAGGAAAAUAAUAGAUAAACGUCAGGAAUUGUUUCCACUCUGAUUGCAUUUUUCUUUAUUUCUACUUUUUAGUAAAACUUUGUAUUUUGGGCCUUCGGUGUCUAAACGGUUCCCGCCAUGCUCUGCGCCCCUAGCCGGGGUAACAGCGGCGGGGGAGCGAGGACUGAGACACCACCCGGACGCCAAUGGUGCUAAGACCCAGUUUUUACCUUCAAGAGACCACGGAACGCUAAAGUGCUCCGCGUUCUGUGAGCUAUAAGCAGCGGAGUGUGAGGAUAUAUCCGUUUUGUGCCCGGACCUCCCCUCUGUGACACCCAGCUCACACACAGGGCUGAGCAGCAAGUAACUCUUGAUGUUAAUCUAUUAGUUAUUUUAUUUGUAUCAUAAACCACAAUGAAUUGACCUACAGACCUAUCUCCACCCUAAAUCCUCUGGAGUUGUGGAUUUUUUUUAUUGUAUUCGGUGUCUCCUUUCUGGUGACUUGGAUAUAUUUUAUUACAGUGCUACUUGUAGUUUGGUGGCUGUGCAGCAGCAGCUGCUGUGUGUUUUUCUUCUCUCGUUUGGGGUGGGAUAAUGGCGUGUGUUCUCUGGCUGUGAGGAUGAGUUCAUGUUUUGUGCCGAACGGGGCCAGUCUGGAGGAUUGCCACUCCAACCUCUUCUAUCUGGCUGAUCUUAAGGGCAUCAAAUGGAAACGGUAUAUUUGGCAAGGUCCUACUUCUGCGCCAAUCCUCUUUCCUGUAACAGAAGAAGAUCCAAUUCUGAGCAGCUUCAGUCGAUGUCUAAAGGCAGAUGUCCUGAGUGUCUGGAGACAAGAUCAACUUCCAGGUCGUAGAGAGCUUUGGAUAUUUUGGUGGGGAGAAGACCCAAAUUUUAAUGACCUAAUACAUCAUGAUUUAGGAGUUGAGGAAGAUGGCAUUUGGGAGCAUGGACUUUCCUAUGAGUGUCGUACUCUGCUCUUCAAAGCAAUACAUAACCUGUUGGAGAGAUGUUUAAUGAAUCGGAACUUUGUGCGAAUUGGGAAGUGGUUUGUUAAGCCCUACGAAAAAGAUGAAAAAAUUGUCAACAAGAGUGAACACCUAUCCUGCUCCUUCAACUUUUUCCUUCACGGAGAUAGUAAUGUUUGCACAAGUGUGGAAAUUAGCCAGCACCAACCAGUGUACCACCUUAGUGAGGAGCACCUCACACUUGCCCAGCAAUCCAACAGUCCAUUUCAAGUUAUACUUAGCCCAUUUGGGUUAAAUGGCACACUUACAGGGCAGUCUUUCAAGAUGUCAGAUUCCUCCACCAAGAAACUGAUUGGCGAAUGGAAACAGUUUUAUCCAAUUUCAUCAAAUUUGAAAGACAAUGUAGAAGAAAAGCAGGAAGAAAUGGAAUGGGAAGAUGACUCUUUGGCAGCAGUUGAAGUGUUAGUUGCUGGUGUCCGAAUGGUGUACCCUGCGUGCUUCGUUAUUGUUCCUCAGUCUGAUAUCCCUGCUCCAAGCUCAUUUGGAUCCUCUCAUGGUUCAGAUACCUGCUUGGGUGUUCAAGUGCCUACAUCGUCAAGAGAUCCAGCCAUUUCCUCUGUAAUAUUGACUCCACCAACAUCACCAGAAGAGGUCCACACAGUUGAUGUGCAAUGUACACAAAAAUGGAUGAAGUUUUCUUCUGUAUCUGACUGCUUCAAUAGUGACAACACUAAUCAUCAUGGUGGAAAGAUGCCAAGAAAAUUUGCUAACCAGGUGGUGGAUAAAGUGUGGCAAGAAUGUAACCUGAACAAAGCUCAAAACAAGAGGAAGUAUUCUGCUACUCCAAAUGGAAUAUGUGAAGAGGAUACAUCAUCAGAGAAAGCAACUUCCUGGGAUUUUGUUGAAUUCACACAGAGGUCAACUUGUGUCUGUUCAAGGCACAAAAUUCUUAAACUGAGAAAUUCAUGUCAACCUGGACAAGUGAUGCCUGUAGGUCCCCUGCAGCAGGCAGCUCAGAAGCACAAGACUAAUGAAAAGCAGGAGAAAAGUGAAAAGCCACAGAAGCGCCCUUUGACACCUUUUCAUCACCGUGCAUCUCUUAUUGAAGAUAUCAGUAUGGAGACAGAUACUUGUAGCCAGAGACUCAAUAUUAGAUCUGAGGACCGCAGAGGCCGUUUCUCAAAUAUGCGACCCACCGAUGUAGCAAAAACUCCCCAAAUGCAUAGUAAUGAAAUGGCAAGCUCUCCUCCUCCACCUCCUCUUAGUCCUCACCCCUGUGAAGUCAUGGAUGAAAGUGGUGAAACUAUGAAAAACCCUUUGACUCCUCAGAGUCAUCAUUUCUAUCAAAUGUCAACACCGGACCCAUUAAUUCCUGCAAAAGCAAUAGAUGAGAGGAUAGAAAGCAUAUCACAACCCUUUGCUCAGGGGUACCCUGAUGUUUUAGAGACAACUAUGUUUGUUGGCACAGCUGUGAAUUUGGAGGAGGAUGAAGGUGAUAAAACAUGGAAGUUUUACAGGGUUCCAAAGAAAAAGGAAUCUGACUUUCUCCCACCUCAACUUCCAAAUGAUAAAUUAAGAGAUGACACACACGGAUUUUCAGGGAAGGAAAGUGUAGCCUCUAUUACAGAGGUAAUGGUGCAAUACAAAAAGCCUUUGAAAAUUUCGGAGGAAUUACUUCACCACUAUCAAAGCAAAAACCAGCACAUAACAUCUGUAGACACAGAUCAAGACUCUGAUCCCUAUGAUUUUGUAGAAGACAGUGAUGUGGAAUUCGUAUUUUCAGACAAAAAAAGGGAAAGGCAUGUCACUGAAAGGGAAGCUGGAAAAAAACACAAGGCUGAAGAUGAAGUGCAGAGUGUUUCAGUUUUACCCCAAGAUUGUGAAGAUGCAAUGUCACUGUUCAGCCCAUCAGUUAAGCAAGGGGAUUCCCAGCGAUCAACUACUCACACCCGUACUGCAUCAACCAGUCUUUUUCAUGAAACAGACCUUAUUGUUUCUUACACAGACCUCGAAAACAUCUUCAAUUCUGAUGAAGAUGAACUAACUCCUGGAUCUAAGAAAACACUGAAUGCUGAUGAUAAAUCCAGGAACAAGGAGGCCAAAUGUGGAAGUCUAGACCCUCUGUCAAGCAUAAAUGCAGUAGAUCUUCAUAAAAUGUACCCAACUCCUCCAUCUCUGGAACAACAUUUUAUGGGAUUCUCUCCCAUGAAUAUGAAUAGCAAAGAUUAUGGCAACAUUGAUACUACCCCGGGAGGAACUUUGCUUGAUGGAAACAGUUUUUGUAUAGGUGCCUCAUUUAAAAUUGAAGUUGAAGAAGGUUUCUGCAGCCCAAAGCCUUUGGAAAUAAAGGAUUUUUCCUAUGUAUAUACACUGGAAACCUGCCAAACAAUAGUUGGAUGCUCCAUGUUUGCUCCAUUGAAAACUCUUCCUAGUCAGUGUUUUCCAUCGAUCAAAAUACCAGAUGAAUGUUUUUACCGCCCAAGUUGGACUGUGGGGAAACUGGAUUUGCUAGCACCUGUUUCUUCUAUGACAUAUAUCAAAGAUGGGAAUAUUUCCAGUGUUGGAAGCACAAUGGAUCAAGAGUAUGUUCAAACAUAUACACCUCAAACCCAUACACCUUUUGGGAUGUCUAAUAGUGCCCCACCUAGUAACAGUGGUGCAGGCAUCCUUCCUUCUCCUGCCACUCCUCGCUUUUCUGCACCCACACCACGGACUCCAAGAACACCUCGUACUCCUAGAGGCGGUGGAGGACCAGCCAGUGUCCAAGGAUCAGUUAAAUAUGAAAACUCAGAUUUAUAUUCUCCUGCCUCCACACCAUCAACAUGCAGGCCUCUUAAUUCUGUGGAGCCUGCAACUGUUCCUUCAAUUACAGAAGCUCACAGUCUGUAUGUCAAUCUCAUUCUCUCAGAGUCUGUUAUGAACAUUUUUAAGGAUUGCAAUUUUGAUAGCUGCUGCAUCUGUGUCUGCAACAUGAACAUUAAAGGAGCAGAUGUUGGUGUCUAUAUCCCUGAUCCUACACAUGAGUUACAGUACAAAUGCACAUGUGGCUUUAGUGCAGUUAUGAACCGUAAAUUUGGAAACCAUUCUGGCCUUUUUUUGGAAGAUGAAUUAGAUAUUGUUGGGCGAUACACAGACUGUGGUAAGGAGGUAGAAAAGCACUUUGAAGUUCUAAGAACAGCUGGUUGUGACCGUGGAGUACUAAAGGAACAAGAUAAAAUACCAGAUGAACUAAUUCUCUUGCUCCAUGAUCAGUGCACUAAUUUAUUUUCUCCAUUUGGAACUGUGGCUCAAGAGCCAGUAGUUAAUACAAGCACAGUGAGCUGUUUGACACGGGUAGAUGAACAGGACUGCUGCAAUGAUUGUUACCUAGCAUUGGAGCACGGUCGUCAAUUUAUGGAUAACAUGUCUGGGGGCAAAGUUGAUGAGGCACUUGUGAAAAGUACAUGUUUACAUCACUGGUCAAAAAGAAAUGUUUUAGACUCAAGUAUGCCAUGCUCCCAAGACAUCCUACGCAUGCUUCUUUCACUACAGCCUAUCUUGCAAGAUGCAGUUCAGAAGAAACGAACUGUCCGAUCCUGGGCUGUACAGGGACCUUUAACCUGGCAACAGUUCCAUAAAAUGGCAGGCCGUGGGACCUAUGGAACUGAUGAAUCUCCAGAGCCACUGCCUAUUCCCACAUUUCUGGUGGGGUACGACUAUGACUUUCUAGUGUUGUCACCAUUUGCCUUGCCUUACUGGGAAAGAUUGCUGCUAGAACCUUAUGGAUCACAGCGAGAUAUUGCUUAUGUUGUUGUCUGCCCUGAGAAUGAGGCAUUGUUAAACGGCGCCAAAUGUUUCUUUCGUGAUCUCACUGCAAUGUAUGAGUCUUGUAGACUUGGUCAGCAUAGACCGAUCUCCAAGCAUCUAACAGAUGGCAUCAUGAGGGUUGGUGCUACUGCAGCAAAGAAACUUUCUGAAAAAUCAGUUGCAGAAUGGUUUUCUCAGACAACAAAUGACAGCAAUGAAGCGUUUUCCAAGCUCCGGUUAUAUGCUCAAGUUUGCAGAUAUGAAUUAGGUCCAUAUCUUGCUUCUCAGCCACUGGAUAGUUCUUUACUCUGCCAGCCCAAUCUAGUUCCUUUAAUGAACCAAUCAACUUCAACACAGCCAAUUGCAGCAACAAUUAAUGGUAAUCCAAGCACUCCAUCUUCCACAACGUCUUCAUCAACAAACAGUUCAUCUACACCAGCUUCAAGCAGCAAUCUGCCUGCUGCAAUGACUACCACAGCACCCACAAGUGUGUCUGGAGGCUUAAGCGCAAAUAAGGCAACUUCUUUUCCAACAUAUGGGAACAUGAAUAGUAGCAACAACUCCAUUUCAACACUGGGUAACUCUGCUCAGAAUAGUCAAGCAGGACAACAGGCAACUUUGCAACAAACAUCUGGAAUGUGUAGUGAGCAGUUGGCAGCAGCUUUAUCUGAAGUUACUGAAAGCACCAUGGAUCGUGACAAAGUUGGAGUUCCUACUGAUGGAGAGUCUCAUGCAAUAGCGUAUCCACCUGCAAUUGUUGUAUAUAUUGUUGAUCCUUUUAAUUAUGAGAGUAAAGAUGAGACUUCAAAAUCUUCAAGUGUGUGGACACUGGGGCUUCUUCGUUGUUUUCUGGAAAUGUUGCACAUUCUUCCACAAAAUCUCAGAAAUACAGUUUCUGUGCAGAUUGUUCCAUGCCAGUAUCUCUUACAGCCAGUUAGACAUGAAGAUCGACAAAAAUAUACUCAACAUUUGAAGUCAUUGGCAUUUUCAGUGUUUACCCAGUGUCGAAGACCUCUCCCAGCAUCCACAAACGUAAAGACUUUAACUGGAUUUGGACCAGGUUUAGCACUUGAAAAUUCCUUAAGGAGCCCAGAAAGACCUGAAUGUGUUAGACUUUACACACCACCAUUUAUUCUGGCUCCAGUUAAGGACAAACAAACAGAACUUGGUGAAACAUUUGGGGAGGCAGGACAAAAAUAUAAUGUUCUUUUUGUGGGUUACUGUUUAUCCCAUGAUCAGAGAUGGCUUCUUGCCUCUUGUACAGACCUAUAUGGAGAAGUAUUAGAAACUUGCAUCAUUAACAUUGAUGUGCCAAAUCGAGCCCGACGGAAACAAGGGUCUGCACGCCGUUGUGGUUUGCAAAAGCUAUGGGAAUGGUGCCUAGGACUUGUACAGAUGAGUUCCCUGCCAUGGAGGGUUGUUAUUGGUCGCUUAGGAAGAAUAGGCCAUGGAGAGUUGAAAGAUUGGAGCAGUUUGUUGAGUCGCCGUAACCUUCAGUCUCUGAGCAAGAGACUGAAAGAUAUGUGCCGGAUGUGUGGAAUAUCUGCUUCAGAUUCUCCUAGCAUACUAAGUGCUUGUUUGGUAGCAAUGGAACCUCAGGGCUCGUUUAAGAUCAUGCCUGAUUCUGUAUCAACAGGUUCAGUGUUUGGGCGCAGCACCACUCUAACCAUACAGACUUCGCAGCUAAAUACACCACAAGACACGUCCUGUACUCAUAUUCUGGUGUUUCCUACAUCUGCAUCUGUGCAAGUAGCUUCUGCUACGUAUACAACUGAAAACCUUGAUCUGGCUUUUAACACAAAUAAUGAUGGUGCAGAUGGAAUGGGACUUUUUGAUUUAUUAGACACUGCAGAUGAUUUAGACCCUGAUAUUAUUAAUAAUCUUCCUGCAUCGCCAACUGGAUCCCAAGGCCAUUCACCAGGGUCUCAUUAUCCUCAUGGAGGUGAUGCUGGAAAGGGUCAAGGCACAGAUCGUCUGCUGUCUACAGAUGAAGUGACUAACAUCUUGCAGCAACCCCUGGCUCUUGGUUACUUUAUAUCCACUGCUAAAGCUGGUCCGUUACCUGACUGGUUUUGGUCAGCAUGCCCCCAAGCACAAAAUCAGUGCCCACUGUUCCUUAAGGCCUCUUUGCACCUCCAUGUGCCUUCAGUGCAAUCAGAUGAGCUGCUCCACAUUAAACACUCCCAUCCACUGGAUUCAAACCAGACUUCAGAUGUUCUCAGGUUCGUUUUGGAACAGUAUAAUGCCCUCUCCUGGUUAACCUGUGAUCCAGCAACUCAAGACAGACGUUCAUGUUUGCCAGUUCACUUUGUGGUGCUUAAUCAGUUAUAUAACUUUAUCAUGAAUAUGCUGUGAUAUUUGAUGGGAAAACUGUAGGAAAACCGCAAGAAUACUCUCCAUUACAGGAUUUUGAAAUCAAUUUUCACAAGACACUCACUACAAAUAUGAGUAUAUUGCACUUUCUUGCAGUGGCAGUUCAUCUUGGGGGAAUUUGCAUUUUUUUAUUCAACAUAUUCUGACUUUUUUAUUUUGAUAUUUCUGGAAAUGAAUUAUUGCUUUAAAGAUUUGGAAUCCAAUUGAAUUUUAAAUAUUUAAACAACACAGGUAAUCAUCCAUGGAGCCAGUAUUUGUUAGAAAUACCAUCCUUUCGCUGCCAGAUUCAAAUAAAUAAUACAAACUUGGCGAUGAUAUGAGGAGCAAUUAAGAAGCUGUUGAACUUCUAAACAUCAUGGAGAUGUUACAUGGAUUCUAAUGUCUAUUAUCAAUAUUAUACAUAAAAUGCCUGCAUCUCUUAUUUAUUGUAAGUUUUUAAAUGUAUAAAUUGUCUAUUUCUUAACCUUUUAUAAAAAAAACACAUGAAAACAAACACUUUUUCUUAGAAGGUUUAUACGGCCUUCGUGCUUUAAAGCAAAUGGUCUAAAAUAUAUGUAAUUGUCUUAAUUAAAAGUUGCAGUAGGUUGCUUCUAGAUCAUUAUUUUUUUGUAAAGGGGUGGGUGACAUGGCUUUGUAUUGUAUUGAUGUACAGUUUAAUGGGGAAAUGGGAGGGAUAAAGUCCAUACCAUUGUGUGUGGGGAAUUUACAUUACUGUACAUGUACAGUAAUGAUCUUCACUGUGUUUAUGAAUCUGAAAAGGUACUGGGUCUUAACUUUUUUAUUAUUAUUAUUAUUAUUAUUAAAAUCACACCUUGAAAACAGUUAACUAAUGGCAAUAUAUUAUUGAAUAUUGUAAAUAGUUUAAACUGUAGUGACAGUUUUUGUUAAAUUUUUGUAUGUCUGUCCAGGUCAGUGACUGUUUGUUUUUAUUAGGUUUAUUUCAGAAAUACAUUAUUGGUUGUGUUUUUUUUUUUGUUUUUUUUUUGGGGGGAGGGGGGUUUCUCGUAUGAAUAGAACAUGUAUUUAUUCCCCAAAUUACUGUAUUCAUAUUGGAUAUAGUUGUUUUCCAAUGAAUGACAACAGAAUAUAUACUAUAAAUAUAUUUAUUAAGUGAAAUGGGUUUUUCCAUCUAUAGUAUAGACAAAAGCAGUCAAUCUUGGAUAGUAUUGUGUAUAUAGACUGUAGGGUUCUUUGUUUUGGGGUUGUUGUUUAUUUUUUGGGGGGGGGUUGGCAAGGUGAUUCUGAUCAUUAACUCAAGAUUAUCUUGGUGAUUUCUAAAAACCUAUCAACUUGAAAAAAAAGCUAAUUUUUAUUCAGAAAGCUUUUCUUUUUUUUUAAUUUUGUUUGUAAAUACAGAAUAUUUUACAGAAGGAAAACGUUCAUAGAUAAGACAGAAUACAUUUUACAUUAUUUGUGUGUGUAUAUAUAAUAUAUGUGCACACAAACAUAGAUAUAUACAAAUAAAUAUAUAUAAAAAUAUUUAAGAGCAUAUUGGGUUUUUUUUUUUUAAGACUUGGUAAAGAAGGGUUUAAAACACUUUUUUAAAAAGCCCCUUAAGGUCAUCUUAAUGCCUUCAGGAAAUAGUGUAAUUUCUGUAGACAAAAGUACUUUCACUUUUGUAAAACAUUAUGUGGAUAAAAAAUGGUUGGUAUUUUUAUUUAAUCUUGAGUUUAAUACAGUAUUUUCUUUUUACAUAGGGGUUUACCAUUGUUUAAAUUUGGACAAGUUUCUUGAUAAGUCGCUUUGACUUUUAACUCAGGGUAAUAAAACCUGUUCCAAAUUUAAUUCACACUUUAGGCAGAAAUAAAAAGGAAUUUGUGGGCAAUGCAAAACUCAAGAAUAAACACCCUACAAAACAGCGCCCAAGUAAUUUCAUUUCCUGUCAUAAUUUUUAAAUCGUGAAAACACAAGGGACAUGUAGUUUUUAUAACCAUAAAUUAUCAUCUAAGCCUUUUAUCCUUUUUUUGUUUUUUCAUUGUGUUUUUUUAUUUUUAAAUCCUUUUUAUUUUCAUCAUAACUUAACUAUUUUAUUUCAGGCUUGUCUAACCUAUGGCCUCAGAACCAUAAUGUCGCCCUCCAGUGAUUUUUCUCUGCCUUUCCAUUGUGUCAUCCAACCUCUAUAUCUCCUCAUUGGCUUUCUGUCUCAUUUUUGCAUCCAGUUAAUUCAUAUCCUCUUGGUUAGCUCACCUAGGUAUGCAUGUAUAUAAAGUAAUUGUUUAGGAAGAUUAGUAAAAAAAAAAUCAAAUUUUUGCUAAAGUUUUUCAUACUUUUUAAAAUUUAAUUUGAGAAAAAUAAUCUGAUUCAUCAUCACUGGCAUACACUUUACCACACUAAAUUAUGAAUGUAACAAAUUUCCUUUUAUUAUAGACAUUUUCUUAGGGAUAUGUAGUUUAAAAUUAAAAAACAUAAAAAAUAUAUUUUAAUAACAUAUUAUGCAUAUUAAAAUGAAUUGCACUUGCACAGCUAUAACAAAGUAAUGUUGAAAAAAAAUACUAAGUUCUAAAUAUUUAUUUGCUAAGAGAACCAUAUUAAACAUGCCACUGGUGAUAUACUUUCAUCUUAUGUAAUUUGGGGUUUGUUUUAUUUAUUUAUUUUUAUAAAUAUUUAUAUAACCAUCUUAAAAUGAAUCUUGAAUCCUAUUAAUGACAGGAAGAAUGAGUAUUUUGUAUCAAAAAUCAAACAAAUAAAGUUGGUUAAUAUAUGAUUUCAUAGUAAAACCACUGUUUUUGUUCAUCUCAUUCUUGCAUAUCCCUCCUUGUCACCAGCUUUUGAACAUACUAGUAUACAGGAGGGUUUUAUUUAGUGUGCGUGUGCUCAAGAAUACUGCGGUUUUGUUAUGGAGCCUCAUCUUGGCUUUCCUUUAAAUAUCUUGUUGACAGUUUAGUGCUAAAUGCAAGGCCAAAAUAGCCUAUUUGAAGCAAAUUUUAGUCACAAAAGUAGCCAAAAAAUAUUUAAAUUGUAUUGAAUAUUUUAUAUUGCACCCUCCUUUAUAAUUGCAGUUUGUGAUAUAUUUUUUGUUAGAUUGAUAACUUAUUUUGCAGUAUUGUAUUAGAAACCUAUAAAGAUUGAACAGGUUGAGCUUCUAGAAAACCAAACUGUGAAGUGUGGGAUCUGAACAAAAUUAAAGUUUGUGAUUAGUUAACCACAUCGCUUUUUUUAAAGAAAAUUCAUGUAUGCAGUUUCUUCUAAGGGCUAAUUCCACUUAAAAAACUGUAUGUCGGCUAUUUUAAUUAAUUUAAUUUUACAUUUAUUUUGGAGGUACUUAAAAUAAUAAUUGCUUGCUCUCUAUUAAAUUGCUUACCCUCUGUUAAAUAGGAUAAGUCAUUUAAGGGACAGUCUACACCAAAAUUGUUAUUGUUUGUAAAAGAUAGAUAACACCUUUACUACCCAUUCCCCAGCUUUGCACAACCACAUUGUUAUAGUAAUAUACGUUAUAACAUUUAAACCUCCAAAUUUCUGGCUGUUUCUAAGCCACUACAGACAGCCUUAUAUCACAUGCUUUUUUAUUAGCUUUUCACAAGACACUGUUAAUGCAUUUGUGCCAUAUAGAUAGCAUUGUGCACUGAUUGGCUAAAAUGCAAGUCAAUCACUAAUAAAUUAAUAGCCUUGGGAUAAGAGGGUCGUCUGCAGAGGCUUUAGAUACAAGGUAAUCACAGAGGUCAAAAGUAUAUAAAUAUAACCAUAUUGCCUGUGCAAAACUGGGGAAUGGGUAAAUAAGGGAUUAUCUAUCUUUUUGGCGUAUACUGUCCCUUUAAAUAUAUGUAAUUUGUUUGUCAAGCCUUAUAACAUAUCUAAGAUGAAAAGUACAUUUGAGUUUCAAAACAUUUUAAUGCUCUGGUGAAAAGGAUUCCAAACUUAAUCCUUGGUUUUCUAUGGUAAUUUUUUUUUAUAUUUAUAUGCAAGUAUUGUUUUAUUCGUAUUUAUUAUUAAAUCUAACGUAAAGCAUUAACAGUUCAGAGGGCUGUAAAUUUAAAUGAAAAGUAGUGCUCACUUUUUUCAUAUAAGUUAUGAAAUGUAUUAAAGGUGGGGUUUUUUGUUUGUUUUUUGCUUUGUCAACUUAGUGUUAAAAUAGGACACACGUUGAUUAGAAUAGUAGUAUAGCAGAAUCAUUUAUGGUAACUGCUGUUCUUUCCCCCCCCCCCCCCCCCCCCCCCGUUACAAUUUUUAUUGGAUGAUAUACCUUGACCACUGGUUCCAAAUUUUCCAAGCUCAGAUUUUACACCUUUUAUAUCACAUAAUUUGUUGUUUAUCUAACCCAAGACUUAAAAGUCAUUAAGUAGGAGGGACUUUGCAGAGACAAAAAUUCAGAAAAUGUAAAGUUGUAUUGGCAUCGCUAUUGUGGAAUGCAGUCAGUGAGAACUUGCUUUGCUAGUUAUACUCAAUUAUACUGCAAUUAUAAUCAUCUGUGUCCUUUUUAUAUUUAAAGCUUUUAUUAGUUUAUACAUAAUCAAAUAACACUACGGAUCCUCAGAUGCUCACUUUACUUAUUUUUAUCAGUGAUGUUUUAUUUUAAUUUGUUUAAGUUCAACCAAUACAUGAAAGAUUAGUCCUCUUAAUUUAAAAGAAAUUGGUGUAUAGUUAAUCCUACAGUGUGUGGUCUACUCUUGAGUUAUAUAGCUUGCAUAAAUUCCAUUUUAUCUGUUAUUGUUACCUAAUAAUUAUUUGCAGGAGUAUGUCUAAUUACUUUGGUUAGGUUGAUGUGAGAGUUUGAUUUUGAUUAGGAAUUCAUUAUAACUACUUAAAACUAGGUAUUAGAGAAAAUGUGGACUUUCUACAAAAGCUGGUUCACUGUUUGGGGACAUAUUGUUUUCCCCAACUGAAAUGGUUAUUGGUCCAAAUGUAUUUUGUUUGUAUGUCUCUUCCUCCACUAGAAUGCAAAAUGAAGAACAAAUAUUUUUGCUGCCAAGUGCCAUAAAUAUAACUGUACAGAAUGUGGUUAACAAAAUGAAAAGAUUUUACUUAAAAAGAAAAUAAAUUAUUCAUGAAGCCUU